AUGUACCUCGAGUUCCUGGUGUGGUUUCUUCUCCCAUGGAAAUCUGUAGCAUCACAAGUAGAGGAUUUUGGUUUCACCUACAAUGGAUUCCGAGGAGUCAACAUGAGCUUGGAUGGCUUAGCCCAGAUUACAGACAAUGGCCUCCUUAUGUUGGAGAACACCAGUCUUCAACAGGUGGGUUAUGCUUUCUACCCUUAUCCACUUCACUCCAUGAAUUCAUCUACUAGUGAUGCUUUAUCCAUCUCCACUACUUUUGUAUUUGUCUUAUGGAAGUCAACCAAAUAUGGUGGCCCUGCAAUGGGGUUUGUGAUUGCACCCUCAAAAGAGUUCCCAGAUGCUUUACCUGCCAAUUAUAUGGGCAUCUUCAACACCACCAACAUCGGCGAUUCAUCCAACCAUGUCAUUGCAAUUGAGUUAGAUGUCCUUCAAAACAGAGAGUUCAACGACAUUGAUGGAAACCACGUUGGCCUCAAUAUCAAUGACUUGAAAUCAGUUCAAUCUACAUCUGCUUCUUACUUCAGUGAUCAAGAGAAUCAGCAUGUGCACCUAAGCCUAAACAGUGGACAACCCUUGCAACUCUGGGUGGAAUAUUCUGGUGCAGAGAAGCAACUUAAUGUCACUUUAGCUCCUAUUAAUGUUCCUAAACCAACCAUCCCACUCUUGUCCUUGAAAAUUGAUCUUUCUCUGUUCAUUGUGGAUCCCAUGUUCGUGGGGCUCUCCUCAGCUACAUACACCUUGCCAGUAUCCCAUUAUGUUUUAGGAUGGAGUUUUAAAAUGAAUGGGGAAGCAAGAGAACUCACCAUCUCCCAACUUCCUAACCUUCCUCAUCAUAAAACACCUAAAACGAGACCUGGCAAGCUUUUUAUUGUUGCAUUUUCUGUGAUAGUUGCUUCUUUAGGCUUGAUCUCGAUCUUCUUCAUAAUCCAAUUUAUAGUGAAAAGAAAGAACAAGUUCGCCGAAGUGUUUGAAGAUUGGGAACUCGAUUAUGGACCUCGCAGGUUCAAAUAUAAAGAUCUUUACAUCACCACCAAGGGGUUCAAGGAAAAGGAGCUUCUUGGAGCUGGUGGAUUUGGUAGGGUCUACAGAGGCGUAUUUCCCACAACCAAGACAGAAGUUGCAGUGAAGCGAGUCUCCCACAAUUCUAGACAAGGGGAGAGAGAAUUCAUUGCUGAGAUCAUCACCAAUGGUAAAUUGAGGCAUUGGAGCAUAGUACCACUCUUGGGUUAUUGCCGACGUAAAGAAGAGCUCCUUUUAGUCUAUGAUUUCAUGCCCAAUAGGAGUCUAGACAAAGCCCUCUUCGAUCAAACGAAACCAAAGAUGAUGUUGAGUUGGUGUCAAAGAUUUCGAAUCAUUAGAAGCGUGGCAGCUGCUUUAUUAUAUUUGCACGAAGGAUGGGAAUGA